AUGAAAGAAACAAUGAACCAAGAGAAACUUGCCAAACUGCAUGUUCAAAUACUCAUCGGUGGGAGAGGAACUGUUCGCAGAAAGAAGGUGGUGGUUCAUAGGACAGCUAUAGCAGAUGAUAAAAACAAAACAAAAAACUUUCAGUUCUCCCUGAAGAAGUUAGGAGUAAACAAUAUCUCUGGCAUUGAGGAGGUGAAUAUGUUCACAAACCAAGGAACAGUGAUCUACUUCAAGAACCCUGAAGUUCAGGCAUCCCUGGAAGCAAACACUUGCACCAUUACAGGUAAUGCUGAGACAAAGCAACUGGCAGAAAUGCUUCCCAGCAUCUUAAACCAGCUUGGUACAGACAGACUGAGUAGUUUAAGGAGACUGGCUGAAGCUUUGCCCAAACAAUCUGUGGAUGGAAAAACACCACUUGCUCCUGGAGAGAAUGAUGACGAUGAAGUUCUCAUGAAUCUCGUGGAGAAUUUUGACAAGGCUUCCAAGAAUGAUGUCAAACUGAUUGUGUCAACUUCUGAAGAAAACUUGAAAAAAAUUAUUGGGAGUUGCUAUUUUAUCAUUAUGACUACCCUUUAA